AUGGUGCAGGAGCUGGUGUGCCUAAUGGACAGGGUGCCAAACCCAAUGGCUAUGGUGCAGGAGCUGGUGUGCCUAAUGGACAGGGUGCCAAACCCAAUGGCUAUGGUGCAGGAGCUGGUGCUGCCAAUGGUAACGGUCGUCCCAAUGGUUAUGGAUAUCCCAAUGGAGGGGCCAAAGCUCCCAAGCCAGCUUCAGGUUAUGGUGGUGUACCCAAUGGGUAUGCACCCAGGCCCAACGGGUAUGGAUAUCCAAAUGGGGGUGCAAAAGCACCAAAACCAGGUUAUGGUGCAGGAGCUGGAGGAGCACCCAAUGGAUAUGGAGCAAAACCGAAUGGUAAAUCUCCACCCAUGGUUGUGUCUAGUCUUCAGUUAUGGCAAUGGGGCACCCAAACCACAGUCUAACUCCAAAGGUGUUGGAGCAGGGGCAGCUAAUGGAGGUGGCAAUGCACCAAAUGGUGGGUAUGGUGUUCCUGCAGGGGUACCGAAUGGAGUGGCUCAAGUAGCCAAACCUGGUUAUGGUCAGGGUAAAGUUGGUGGUGAACCAAACGGAAAUGGAAAGGGACCCAAAGGUGAAGUUCUUUCUCCUGAGGUUCCGACUCCUGCUCUGCUAGAAUCGAAAGAGCCAAGCACCAAGGGACAGGCACCAGCGCCUGAGCCAGUCGUACCACAAGGAAAAUACCCGAAGCCUCCAGCACCCCCUGUGGUGCCACAGGGUGAGGCUGCAACACCAGGACCAGUGAUUCCCCAGGGAAAGUACCCUAAACCAGCGCCAGUCAUCCCCCAGGGUAAGCCCUACCCCAAGCCUGCACCAGAACCAGCACCAGUGGUUCCCCAAGGUAAACCCUAUCCCAAGCCUGUACCAGAACCAGCACCAGUAGUUCCCCAGGGCAAACCUUACCGCAAGCCUGCACCAGAACCAGCACCAGUGGUUCCCCAGGGCAAACCCUACCCCAAGCCUGCACCAGAACCAGCACCAGUAGUUCCCCAAGGGAAGCCCUACCCCAAGCCAGCACCAGAACCAGGACCAGUGGUUCCCCAAGGAAAGCCCUACCCCAAGCCUGCACCAGAACCAGCACCAGUAGUUCCCCAAGGGAAGCCCUACCCCAAGCCAGCACCAGAACCAGCACCAGUGGUUCCCCAAGGGAAGCCCUACCCCAAGCCAGCCCCAGAACCAGCACCAGUGGUCCCCCAGGGCAAACCCUACCCCAAACCAGCACCAGAACCAGCACCAGUGGUUCCCCAGGGGAAGGCUCCAAAGCCAGUGGCACCUGCAGUGCCUCAAGGAAAGGCCCCCAAAGUACCGAAUAUGGAUAGUGGAGCUCCAGAGAACAACAAUGGCCCCAAACCAGCCAGCCCUGACUGUGGACCGUCCGGAGUACCUAAUGGACAGUGGGUGAAAGUACCCAGAAAUGGUUACGGGCCUGGAGCAGGACAGCCGUACGGAGCCAAACCAAACGGUCAUGGUGCUGGAGCAGGUCUUCCUAACGGAUAUGGAGCCAAACCCAUUGGAUAUGGAGCUGGAUAUGCUAAUGUUGGUGGGGCCAAAGCACCCAAACCAGGCAAUGGAGGUGGAGGCUAUCCAGUCCCUGCUUACAGCAACGGAUACGGAGCUGGUCAGGGAUAUCCUUUUGGAGGGAAGCCAAAGCAAAAUGGGUACGGAGCGGGUAACGGCCAUGGAGUCUACCCUGCUGCGGGCUACGGAGCCGGUAACGGCCAGGGAGUCUACCCUGCUGCGGGCUACGGAGCCGGUAACGGCCAGGGAGUCUACCCUGCUGCGGGCUACGGAGCCGGUAAUGGCCAGGGAGUCUACCCUGCUGCGGGCUACGGAGCCGGUAACGGCCAGGGAGUCUACCCUGCUGCGGGCUACGGAGCCGGUAACGGCCAGGGAGUCUACCCUGCUGCGGGCUACGGAGCGGGUAACGGCUACGGAGGAACACCCGCUAACGUGAAAGCUGGCCCAGGUGAAGCAGGUCGCUCCAACGGACAAGGAGUUCCGGUGGUAGAAAGCAAGUCAGGUGGUCUUGGUGGUGGAUACGUGGGAGAACCUGCAAAUGGCAAAUACGCUAGAGCUGGUCAGCUGCCAUACAACGGAGCCCCCAUCAUUCCUGCAGGACUCGACGGAACCAGCCAGUUUGAGCCGGAGCCAGCAAGCUUGGGGCCUGAUGGGAAGUCAGGUGGCUACGGAGGUAUGGGCGGAUCACCAUACGGUGGCCAGCCCCUCGGACCAGAGGCCAAGUCUCCCACCAAAUACGGCAUCGGGGGCUUGCCCUUCGGUGGCCAGCCCGUGUCUCUCACCUCCACCGGGGGGAAGUACGCAGGCAACGGGGGCUCCCCCUACGGACCAGGACCUGACGGCAAAUCAGCCGGCAAAUACGGGUAUGGAGCCCUGCCCUAUGCUGGGGAGCCUCUGGGUUUAGGGGCUGAUGGGAAAUCAGCUGGUCAAUAUGGUUAUGGAGGGCUGCCUUACGACUCUCAGCCGCUGGGACUUGGCUACGAUGGCCAGUCUGCUGGCAGCUAUGGUCUGGGAGAGGUGCCCUUCCAUCCACAGCCACUGGGACUGGGACCGGACGCAAAAUCCACAGGCAAAUAUGGGGGAAGGGAGGGCCCGUUCGCACCAGAACCACUCGCACUCGGAGGGGACGGGAAAUCUACCGGGAAAUAUGGCCAGCCAGAGCUGUACGAGGCCCAGCUGGGAGGGUUGGCAGGCGGGGAACUGCCAGGCGGGGGGCAACAUGAGUACCCCAGUGAGCCAUUUGCGCCCCCGGAGCCUGAGACCGGGGGCAAGUCCUAUGUGAAGGGAGAGGUUCCCACAGCAGCAGCAGUAGUUGAGGGAGAGGGAAAGUCUCUAGAUAAAUACGGAAACGGGGGCUACAUCAACGGACAUAUGCAGCCAGAAGGAGGGAAGGAGGGUCAAGGACAGAAAUAUCAGCUGAAUGGAUUCUUUGGGAAUGGUGGAUACCAAGGUUGACCAGGGGGAAGUGGUCACCAUCAGCAUUUGUUUCUAUAAACUUGAUAUUUUUUAUUGUUGAAAAAAAUGUGUUGUAUAUUUUUGAGUGUAUCACUAUUGAUCCUUAGUUUUGUAUAAUUUUUCAUACUUCCCUUCACGUCCCCCCUGGUACAUUUACAUUUAGUCAUUUAGCAGACGCUCUUAUCCUGAGCGACUGGUACCUGGCUCCUCGCUGAGACUGAAACAUUACAGGGCCUCUGUUGCGUUUGUAGUCAAUCAAGUUCGUUUGAAGGUGUUGGCACUCUGCGACAUCCUGUCCACUGCUUACCGGCCGUAACCAAGGACAACAACUGUGUCUGUUCAUCUGCAUGCUGUCCUCUCACCACAGACUCAAAUUCAACUAAUUUAUUUUUUUGCAUGAGAUUGCAAGUUGUUAUUUUUUUUUUUUUUUUACUAGCUGUGACAAACACUUGUACAUUUUUUUUUGUACAGUUUUCGGUUAAAUAAAACAAACUGUACAAAUCCUGUCCCAGAGA